UUGAAUUUCAGAUUUCACUUGCACUUCUCUUUUCCUGCUCGAAUUGCAUGUUUUCUUUGUUAUUUUCGAAUUGGUGAUAGAUUGUUUUCUUUGAAUAGUUAUUAUGCUCGAAUUGUAUUAUGCUCGAAUUGAUGAUAUUCCUUCAGAGUUCAGAAUAUAUGUUGUUCUAUUAUAGUAUUAUGCUCGAAUUGCAUGUUUUCUUUUUGAUAGAUUGAUUGUUUUUCAUAGAUUUGCAUAAAAAUUGUUGGUUAUUGAGUGAGUUCUUUUUUCUGUUUUAAAUCAGAUUAUCAGAAUGUCCACAAAUAUGGAUAAUGGUGAAGAGAAUGUCCCUAUUGAGGAGCAUGAAUCUGACAAUGAAAAAUCCAAACCCAAGAGGAAGAGAAUGAAGGAUCGUUCUGAGGUUUGGGAGCACUUUAUCAAGGAAGAAACACACACUGGAAUGGAAGCACGUUGCAAGUACUGUGGUAUGAGAUACAAGUGUGGUACAAAGAGAAAUGGCACUAGUCCAUUGUGGGCUCAUAUAAAUAGAUGCCUAGCCUCUGAGAGUGCAUUCAGCACUGGUGGUAGGGUUCUAGACCCAUUUAGGAGCUCCUUAACUCCAAGGGUCGUUGAAGGACUUGUUUGUGCUCAAAAUUGGCUACGUUCUUCUCCGUUUCCUAAUAUAGAAGAGUGUUUACAAGAAGUUGAAGAUCUUGAAGAAGACUUGAGGAAUAUGACAAUUGGUGGUCAAAACCCGGACUUGGUUGAGCUUGAUUGAGAGUUAGCUGCCAAGAAUGAAGCUGCCCUAUUGAUUGAAGACUUGAAGUUUCUGCCAAGAGCCUAAGAAUGAAGCUGCCCUGUUGGUUGAACUAGUUCAUUUGUGGACUGUUUGUCUGUUUUAUUAUCAAUUCAUCAUGUGGACUGUUUUGAUAGUUUUAAGACUUGUUAAGUUCUUAUGUCUCAAUGUGGACAAUGUGUAAGUGUAUUUAAUUACUAUGGCAGUAUGGCUGGACAAUUUAGUUACUAUGGCAGUA